AGUCUGGGACAUGGGGUCCUUAAUGGACUGUGCUGUUUGAGUAUAAACAAAGUUCAGAAGAAGUUGGAUUUAAGACAAGGCAAUAGAAGAUAAGUAUAUUAUUAGAAUGACAUGUUCUUAGUAAAUAUUUGCAAAAGGAGAUAAAAAGGUCAUGUGCUAAAUUACAAAAGUGGGUAAAUCUGUGUAAUUGAUCUGGUUAAGUCAUGUUUCGUUUUACGUUAUUUGGAAUCGUAUUAAGUUUAUGGAUAUCGACUAUUUGCUCACAAGAACAAAAUGUAAUGUCCAUUCAAUGGCCUGUAGGAUUAUGCAAAGCCAAAGAAAAAGAUCUGAACCAAUGUAAUAUACCAAAAACCGAUAUUUGGACCAUCCACGGUUUAUGGCCAAAACACAACUCCAAUCCUUCUCGAGAACAAUUUGAUAUUUCAAGUGUCUCACACAUCACAGAUCAACUUGACCAGUUUUGGCCGGAUGUGUUGAACAAACGUACGAAUAAAAAUUUUUGGAAAUAUGAAUGGACAAAACAUGGAAGGCACUUAAAUUUUGUUCAGGAUAAUCAUGUAUCGGAGUACUUUGAAAAGGCCUUAUUAAUUUAUGAUAACGUGAGUUUAAUUUUGAACAAUAUCAGUGAUUUAUUUGGUUUCGAACCUUCUAAUAAACUAUAUUCUAAGAAAUAUAUUGAAAAGAAACUGUCAGAAGCCUUUAGUGCUAAAAUUGUGUUGCACUGUAUGGAAUGCACUGAUGAUUGUAACAAGAACCUUCAGUGUUUGGUGGAAGUUCGAAUAUGCUAUGAUGAGGACAUCAAAAACCCCAUUAAUUGCUACUCUUCAUCGAACUGCGACAAAAGUGUAACUAUUUAUCCUAGAAAACCUCCCAGGCACGAAAUAGAAGAUGAUUUAACUACGCAGUAUUUAUGUAACGAUAAUAAUAAAGCAAUAUUAAGCUUGCCCUUAAACCAUUUCAUCGUAAUCACUAUUUGUUGGUUGAAUAUAUUUUAUUUUACUUGAA